GAAUUCCAGCAUUUGCCUCCCUCUUUCCUGCAGUUUGAUUUGCUUCCCUAAUUGACCUAAAUAAAGCUCCUGACUGACAAGGCACUUCUAGGGCCCCCAGGCACACACACUACUAAGCAGAGAAGUGAACUCAUCGACACUAAUUCUCCCUUAUUUUCCUUGAAUAAUCCAAUUUACUGAGCGCUGCUCGCCCAUUUGGAGCGCUCUCUCUUUCUGUGCCAAGCGUUUAACUCGCAGGACAUUUGUAUUUGCCUCUUAUCGCUCCCAUUUGAGGCUUUUAUUGGGAGCAGCGAUGUGAGAGGGAUCGCCCAGAGCGCAGCAGCCUCUCCGGGAGAGUAGAGUGGGGGCGCAUCCUGGGGACGGUGCGGACUGACAGAGCGCAGAAGAGAAGGAGGAAUAUUGUGGGCGCAACGGUGCGCACAGAGCGCAGCAGCCAUCAGCCUCCGCUUCCACCGCCAGCAGGGAUCACUGCUAUCAAGAUGCCCGAUGACUCCACGGAACCCCAGAGCACCACCACCACUGCCAGGGUGUCUUCUUUCUUCAUCGAGAAUCUCCUGGGCACCGAAUCCAAGGAGGAGAAGAAGCGCAAAGGGGCAGACUCUGGGCACCAUGCACAGCCCUCUGAGCUCACAGGCGGCCAUUUCAGCUCCUUGUGCUGCCAGAUCUCUCCGUAUCACUACAGCUAUCCUCUCAGGGAGAACACCAUGGAGUGGUACCGGAGGGCACAGGCCACUUACAUAGGAUGCACUAGCCCAGACACAAGCGACAGAGAUUCCCCAGAGAUCGCAGAAGCAGGCGAGGGCCCCGGCAGGGGGCUAAGGAAGCACAGUGAGAGCCCGGGAGAAAGGAGAGAAGACUAUGCAUGUAAGGAGGAGGAGGAGGAGGAGGAGAAGGCAGAACAGGACUCAGACCAGAGAUCUUCCCGCAAGAAGAAGACCCGCACGGUGUUCAGUAGGAGCCAAGUGUUCCAGCUGGAGUCCACUUUUGACAUGAAAAGGUACCUGAGCAGCUCGGAAAGGGCCGGCCUGGCGGCCUCCCUGCACCUCACAGAGACCCAAGUUAAAAUCUGGUUUCAGAACCGAAGGAACAAAUGGAAAAGGCAACUGGCUGCGGAUCUAGAGGCUGCAAACAUCUCCCACACCUCCCAAAGGAUAGUCAGGGUCCCCAUUCUGUACCAUGAGAACUCAGCCGCCACCUCCAUGGGCUUCAACUUGCCCCAUGUCUCCCCGGCACUAGUCGGCUUCUCCAGCCCAGUGAACUACCCCCUGGCCUCCAUCCCAAACUCCGUGCCCUUUAUACGAUCGCAGAUGACCGGACUUGUUUGAAAGCCAAUAUAACUCGAUGGGGACUUUUCCAUAAUGCCUAUUUUUUAUUAACAACAUAUCAGCUACUUAUAUUAUAUACUUCGUUUUAUGCCUUUGAAUUUAAGAUGUGCAAUAACGAUUUACUUGGGAUUACUGCAAAAAAACAAAACCAAACAAAAACGCAAAAUCGCUAUUAAACUUUCUUUUUAUACUUCCAAUGACAUUCGGUCUGUUAAAUGUAAAUGAUUUAAUAUCAGUGUCAGUCUAACUCAGCACAAAUAUACAGAAUAUUCAGGGCUAUACAGGCUUGCUGUAAAGAGGGAACGGAAUUAUAACAGGAAAAAACAAUAAUAGGAAAAACAACAAUAUCUUAUAAAUUAUGUCGGUUAGUAUUUAAUCAUUUUCUUUUUCUUUUAUGAAUAAACUAUAUAAAACUCUU